UCUCAGAGCCAGAGGGAGCAGUCACCUUUUUCUCUCAGCUACCUUGCUUAUGAGCUAUAGGCCCUCCUGUGAAGUUCUCACUGAACCAUCUGAAGGAAGAUGAAGGCUGUGAAGAAGAAGAAAGAAUGUCUUAAUAUAAUUGAUGUGAUAAAUGAAGUACCACAGAUAAGCAAUUUAGUGCAAGUAAUAAACCAACUCAAAAGGAUAAUGAAGAAAUUGGUUCUACUGAAAAUGUUCAAGAGCCAGAACCGCAGAAUUAAGUGGCUUUGUGAAUUAGCCCACAAAUACCUGAAAAUGCUAGUGCUUGAGAAGCCAUUGAGGAGCUCAACUUCCAUUUCUGGGAUGAGCAUCACCUCUGAAGAUAAUCUGAGUCCUAAUGCUAAUGUGGUCAUUGAGCCUGCCAUGGAUGUUGCUAAGCGGUCUAUUGACAAAGAAGUGGAAGAUGGUUGUUUUCCUGAGACGUCCUUAAAGGCUUCGACCUCAGAACAUUAUGAGGCACUCUCCUUGAAAGGCUUGCCUCAACGGUUCCAUAUGCCAGCACCCAGAGUGCUCUGUAGACCUUCAGCUCUGAGGUGGACCAAGCCCUGCUGCACCAGAUCAUGUAAUGAGACCCUGGAACAUAUCACCACCAUCAAUUAUUCAGAAUGUCAGAAGUCAUAUUCUAAACUGGAUUGACCGGACUGACAGCUCAUUUCAGAUGCUCUGAAGAUACUGUAGUAAGAAGAACCCUGAAGAGAUAGAUCUAUUAAGUGCCCUAUUAACUCAUAUUCCUGCAAUAAACGGGUUAUUGAUCAUCCUUCAAAUACAAAACUUGUCUGCAGUUUGCAAUAAACUGUGCAUGCUUAUUCAGGCCAAGGAAUGGGAAUAAGGUCAACGAUUAUGGGAUUUGUAGUCUGGGGGGGUUCCUUAGGUUUUGCCUAUCUUGACCAAUAAUACUGUUGAUACCCUUUCUAUCGCACCAUAACUAAAAGAGACCUGGCACCACAGCUAAACUUUUCCAUUCAGUCCACAACAACUUCAUCUCCCCAGCCUCUAUCCCAGCAUAUGGGGGAAAAUAGCAAUAGCAUUUAUACACUGCCCCAUAGCACUUUACAGCACUCUCUGGGUGGUUUACAAUCUCAGCAUUAUUUAGAUAUUGCCCCAACAAACUGGGUCCUCAUUUUACCAACCUCAGAAGGAUGGAAAGCUGAAUCAACCUUGAGCCCCGUCAGGAUUGAACUCCAGGUUGUGGGCAGCGUUUGCCUGAAAUACUGCGCUCUAACCACUGCCCCACCAGGGCUCCUCAAAAUAGAGGUUGGGUCUUGAGUGCCUUUUGGAAGAUUAAAAGUGUGGGAGCCAAGUCCUUGCUCAGGACUGAUUUAACUAUACUUUCUCCCAGUGUCCAAAUUGUUAUAAAUGUUCCUGUUCUUUCUGAAGAACAGAUUGCAGUAUAUGGCUAUGUAUUGUCUGAACUCGGUAUUAGGAUUACAAAUGUUUCAUGACCAUAUUAAGCAACAUAAUUUAUGUAGGAAAUAUGGAGAAAAAGUAUGUCAGCUGGUGGGGCAAAGCUGCAGCCCCAUUUAAAAAACGGUCAGUCCUGGACACCACAAUUUAAAAGAGACAGUGACAAAUUGGAGUAAGUUAGGAGAAGGGCUACUUAGAAGAUAAGAUGUCUGAAAACUAAGCUCUAUGUGUGACAGUUAAAAAAUUAUGAUAUAGCAAUAGCACUUAGACUUAUAUACCUCUUCAUAGUUCUUUACAGCCUUCUCUAGGUGGUUUACAGUCAGCAUUUUGCCGCAACAAUCUGGGUCCUCAUUUUACCGACCUCAGAUGGAUGGAAGGGUGAAUCAACCUUGAAUCGGUCAGGAUUGAACUCCUGGCAGUGGGCAAAGUUAGCUUGAAAUACUGCAUUCUAACUCCGCCACCACGGCUCUUAUAUAUUUGGUCUACAGAAGAGAUGACUGAAGAGAAGCACAUGAUAAUGUUCAAAUACUUGAUGGACUGUGACACAGAAGGAAGUGAUUCCUUAAUGCCCAAGAGGGCAAGGUCCAGAACCAUUGGAUUAAAACACAAGGAAAACUAUAUGUAAGGAAGAAAUUCUGACUAUUACCCAGUGGAAUGCCUUCAAGAGAGGGGGUGAUCUCUCCUUCAAAUUAAGGUUGAAUAGUCAUCUGCCCGCAUGGCUCCCGCACUUAACAGAGGGAUGGGCUAGAUUCUAAGGUCUCUUCCAACUCUCUAAUUCUAUGAAAACACAUUUCUCUUAGUAUUCUGAUUUUGCAAGAUAACUUCCUUGAUCUGAAAAAGUGAUAUGGUUUGCUUAUUAAAUAAACUUAGUACUCAUCGGUGUGUAUGCAGAAUAAAACUGUCUGCUCUCUAGGGUUUUCUCAUCAAUAAAUGACCUCAGGUUCCUCAAUGGGCCAACAUUUUAGGAUAUUUACAGGAUAUCCUAAAUAUUUAGGAUAUUUAGUGUUUUUGUAUGGCUGCCUUGUGCAAUGUAAUCAUGGGCACCAGCUGGAAUGUGGAAAUGACUUCUCUCUUGCAUCAGCAUCAUUUACAUGUAACAGAAAUUAUACUGGAGAGGCUAAAGUGAGCUUUUACAGCAGCACCUCCCUCAAAAAAUAUGCCCAGAACAGGGUUGUCACUUAGCCAGGAAAGAGCAUUACUCUAAUACAGCAGCCUUAACUGGAUUGGGAUUUAUUGAUUAAUCCCAAUUGCCUCUAUUUGUGCAACACAGUGAGCCAAUCAUAUUUUACCAUUGUGCAGGAAUCUCUAAGCUUUUAUAGGAUUAAUUAUGAGGACAAGUUUGGUAUUGUGGUUAAAGGCUGGAAACCUGGAGACUGUGAAUUCCAGUCCUGUCUUAGGCAUUAAAGCUAGCUGCGUGACUUUGGGUCAACCACCCUCUCUCAGCCCUAGGAAGUAGGCACUGGCAAAACGCUUCUGAAAUCUUGCCAAGAAAACUACAAGGACUAAUCUUGCCAGGAAUCAACAUUGACUUGAAGACAUAGAUCCAACAGAAUAUAUAAUGGCACAUUUGGAAAUGAUAAUUUAAGAACUUCUAUGCAUAACAUGCUGGCCAUGAGAAACAUAAGCACCUACAAAACACUGAUUUACUAGACUUCUGUCUAAAUUUUGACUCCCCCCAUCCAUGCUUCCCACCUGUUUACCUUUGCUGUUUUCCUAGACAAGUGUAUACAUUUCUAGCCAAAGGAUUCAACUGGAGCCAUACAUCUAGAAACCUCUUACAAAGAAACUUGAUGCUGAAGAUUGGCAGUUGGGAACCUUAUUUCAAAAAUUAUUUCAAAAAUUUUAAAAAAAAGUCAGAUAAAGCAGGAAACUAAAGAAAUUGUCUGCAGGCACACUGGCUCCCCAGGUCACUAAUGCUAGAAAUAUCUAGGACAGUGGUUCUCAAUCAGUGGUCCACGGAAAAAAAGGAUGAGAACCACUGAUCUAGGAUAUUGUGCUCUUCCAGCCAAUGAUCUAAGAGUGCCUGUCUUUUUAAUAGCAGUUUAAAAGAAUUGAGAAGGCUGCAAGUUAGUUGGCAUCUUGUCACCACCUCCUACAAAUUGAGCUGCUAUUAGAGGCAGGUACCAGAGCCAGCAAAUCUCUCCCAGAGCUGUGGGCCAUCUUACAGCUCAACAGGAUGCAUGCAAAGGAUGCUCUGUAGGAGAGCCAGUUCAAUCAAUACCAACAUGUUUCGUGAGGAUCAGAAGCAGAAGACUAAAAUCAGCCUUAAUCUUUUGCUUUAACUGCACCAGCAUCUGAAAUAGGGCUACUGAGGACUUCAAAAGGAGGAUUAAUAGGAGUUAAGACUGAGUUAAGACAUUUUAGUAAUUAGAGAUGUUCCUACAAUUUGGCUAGAGGCAUAUCUUCUAUAUUAUCUAUUCUGAUUCAUAAACCUACUCAAAAUUAAUUUCACAUAUUCUGAAUGGGUAGAUUCUGAUCGGGUACAUCCUGAACAUGUGCAACUGCCUCUGACUUCUUUGCCAAGCUAUUGAACUUUAGGAUGAACUAGUUAAACAGAAUUAGGAAAUUUAGAAUUAUGGCUUGGAAUGCUAGUCAAAAAUGUUAUAGUAUUAUUAAAAUAUAAAAAACAAUACAAAAAUAAAACAAACUAAACAAUACUACAAAAACGUCCAUUGACAAAACAAAACCAACAUAUACCUAAAUUGUCCCCCUUGGUUGAAUGCUGAUAAAUGCAUUUCAAAGAUAAUAACUCCUCUUCUCUUUAUUCUCUUUUGAAUAAAAGAAAAAUAGAGAGGAAAAAAAAGUGUUACAAUAUUGCUAAUAUUAAUUCAGGGAAGCUACUAAUUUGUGGACUAUUGGGGUUGAAUUCAGUUCCAAAGGUAACACAAGGCAACUCAGAAACUCUGCACAAUGGCUUACCCAUUUCAAUAGAACCAGGUUAAUAAGAGAAGAUGGAGUACACUGGGAAGGAACCAGAGAUCCUCACUACAGUGACUAUGGCCACUUGUACAGUAACCUUCUCCAAUUUGAUAUCCUCCAGAAAAACAGCAGUAGGGAAAGCUGAGUGGUGGUUUUCAAAACUGAUAAAGUAUCUGAUAAGCAUACCAUGUAGAAUUAAGUCUAAAAUGGUAUUCUUUGGGUGUUUGGGAUUGUACAGGUAGUCUUCAACAGUUCAUUUAGUGACUGUUCAAGGAUACAACAGCACUGAAAAAA